AUUGCAUCAUAACUGAACGAAACCUGAAUCGUAACUCAAGCCUGUCUCAGGCAGGUGUUUUGUUGUUGCUCCCAUCAGUACAUACACAGCUGUGAAGAAAAAAUUCUAACAUGCCCAUACUUACAAAGGUAAGCCUAUAAGAAAGAUUUCACAAACGCCUUCGUUAUUAAAACAUCAGUGAAAAUUAAGUAAGAAGGCUUGGAUUUUCCAUUCCAUUAAAUGGGUUAUCGUUAAGGGCUUCGAGGAAAGUAAGGUCUUUCUUUUUCUUGUCCAAAAUUGACUGCCUGUGAGUGACUGAUUCAUCUGAAAAGUUUGUUAAUUUAAAAACAAUCAAAUCGAAGUCUUGAUACGAUUUAUCUGAUUAAUCAAUCACGCGACUGGAAAACAAAGGGAAAACAUCGAAAUGUACAAGUACGUUGAAUGUGUACUGCGUAUUUUGAAUCCCUGGCUAGCAUUUAAAUGCAACCUUCUAGUGCGAAAAAGUUAUCGCUCCUGUUGCUGUUAAUUAAUGCUAAAAAUUUUAAACUAAACUUAAUUUCAUACUUAAAGCUCUAUGGGCAAAACGAGUAUGUGCCUCAGACUAAAUAUUAUGCUUUGAGUUGCAACUAUUACGACUGAUUGAUUACGGCCGUUCCGGGUGGGGUACGGUUAUGAAAUUAAUCUACUCCCCGAUCGGUAUAACAAAAGGCGAUCAUCAGUAGCUGAGCUAUAAACUCAACUAUGAUUAUCGGUAUCAAGUCAAGUUGCUAGUUUGCCUUUGUUUACUUUCUAGAUGUGUGCUUACGCAUAUAGCGUGAAAAUGUUAAUAAACUUAAGUAGCGAGUUUAUACUACAGCAUACUAAUGAUCAUCAAUAAUCUUUUUUUUCUAUUUUUAGCUUUUCGUAAUAUAGUGUCACAUCCUUAAUUCCUACUGGCUGCCAAAGUACUGUCGCGCUCUUUUAGACUUAUAAGCAGUACUGUCGCAGACUGGAGUUAACGUGUGAGAUGCCGAAGAUAAAAUGGAUUACUUCAUCUGUAAGACUUGCUUGUAGUGAUCCACAGUUCAUUCAGCAAUGGCAGUUGCUCUAGACCCCAAAGAAGUGCUUCGUUCAACGGAUGGAAAAGAAAAUUUUCAACGCCUCACAAGACUAUUGAUAGGUGGCGGCGUCAGCCUGUUUAGGGAAAUUUUUGACGCCUUUUGUCCGCCAAGCCAGCUUCCCUCAAUACUUAACAUGCCUUCUACAUGGACUAAUCUACGCGCAGCAAAACUUAUCAAACCACAGAGGGACUGUCUAAAUCCGUCCCCUGGCGUUUACGGCAAGUCAACAGACUUUGAUGUUACCCUGUUGUUCCUGUUGCUACGGUCAAUAUGCGGCGUGAGCCCUCCUGCCACGGGAUGGGAUGCUUUGCCAGUGAGUACAGACCACAGUCUAACGGCAGAUUUAGUCAGAGUAAAAUACUACCGAAACUCGAUCUACGGUCAUAAACAAGACAUGGAGAUCUCAAAUGAAGAGUUUGUACGGCUUUGGCAAGAGGUUAGUGAAGCCCUUGUACGACUUGCAAAAAGCAUUAGUACUGAGAAGGAAACUCAGUGGAUAGAAGCCAUUAAUGACUUUUUGACGGAUCCUCUUACAGAAAAGGAUAACAGAAAUGUUCAAGAAUUGGAGAGGUGGUAUACAAAUGAUAUGGAGGUAAAAACAUACCUUCAAGAACUAACACUAGGAAUUAAAGAGGAACUACAAGAAAUCUCUCAAGGGAUCAAAGACUUGCAAAACGUCCAAGAAGAAAUAAGUCGACAGCUCAGCACCCAGGUUCGCUUCCCAAGGGACAAAUCCAGGUCCUUCUCUCACUGUUCUCAGUUAACUGGUGGUAAGUGAUCAAUUAUAUUUUGAGACAUUUAGUAGAAACACAAGGACACCUUUCUGGACAAUUUCUUCUCUGACUUCGCUGUUGAAAAAAGAAAAUUUUUCUCAGUAGUCUCGUCUUCUUUCUUUAGAAUAUACUUUUACUAGUUUUAUCCAUUUGAAGGAGAAAAAAGGCUCAGUCGGUUCUUGUUACCAAGAUGAUCCAUCCAACUAACAUAUAUAUAAACAAACCUUAUACAAUUUAUAUGGCUGUUGUUUUAGACAUUUUUCAACCUCUGAGUCUGCGAAAAAAGGAGAAUAUUAUUUAACAACUUGGUCUCUAAACCUAACAAGUAAUUUCCUUUCAGCCCCAUUACGAAUGCUUAUUGACUGUGAAACCACAGAUUCUAACGUACGGACGCAAGAAGUUACAAAGAUUAAUAAAAGUUCACAGAAACCCCAAACAGUGCCGAAGCAAGUGGCGUCGAUACCAUUUGGUGUCUGCUCAAGUCAAUCACAAGGACCACAAGCAGAAAUCGAUACAAAUAAUCUUCCCAUUGAAGGAGAGAGAAAAGGAGGAACACCCUUGACUGAAGAUAUGUUGAAUGUAAUUGCUUUUAACUACCGCUUUCAGCAUGCUGGUCCAUCUGAGGUGGAAGAAACAGAGGGUGUUUAUCGAAAGUAUCUUGAAAAGGUGCGCGAAAUUGACUCUCAAAUACAAAGCUUUCGUUUAACAAUUACAUUGGAAUGUGGAACCCUCCAGUUUCUGGAAGAGCUGUGGUUAGACUAUUCAAAAGGCCAUUUAAACGAAAUGGUGCGCACUUUACUCGUGACAGAAGGGAUAUUGAAAGAUUUCGGCCUCGCAACGGUAAAGCUUUACACCACUAUUAUGUACGAGGAAUACAGAGCUUGUCGAGAAUACUUCUUGAACCGAACAGGUAUGUUUUCACAUGUGAUCCCUACAUGGCCGGUUCAAUACGGCUAAGUUUCAUUCUUUCGGAAUUAGCAGCGUUCAGGAAUUAGGCUCGCUAUACUAUGAUGAAAAUAAAGCCUGCCCCAGCACAAAUGUCACUUAGAACACAAUUUAUCCGUGUGAAUAAUAAUAAUAAUAAUAAUAAUAAUAAUAAUAAUAAUAAUAAUAAUAAUAAUAAUAAUAAUGUUUACAGGGAGCUCACUUCACAAAGCGUGAUAUUCAGUGAGGCCCUGUAAAACAAUAGAAAAAUAACCUGAUCGACGAAUACGUAACAGUAAUAAUCCCCAUAAUAAGUAAAAAGUUAAGAACUAAAAACUUAAUACAAGCUACAGAUUAAAAUGUUAAAAUGUCAGAUAGAUUAAAGUAUAAAAAGCUAUAAAGUAUCUAAAAUAUACAGCCUUUAAUGUUCUGUUUAAAAAGAUGCGUCUAAAAAAGAGAACAAGAGAGGAGGGGAGCUUUCUUACAGUCAUACGACGAAUACGUACUACUGUCUCGCAUUUUGUCUCAGCAGAAGAACAACGAGAAAGAUUUAAAGUGGAAAAACAAAAUGAAAAAGAAUUCCUAGAGAAAGAAGAAGACGAAAUAGAAGAAGUUCUGGAAGGUGCCUCAGAAGAAGAACAAGGAGAAAGACUUAAAGUGGAAAAACAAAAUGAAAAAGAAUUCCUAGAGAAAGAAGAAGACGAAAUAGAAGAAGUUCUGGAAGGUGCUUCAGAAGAAGAACAAGGAGAAAGACUUGAAGUGGAAAAACAAAAUGAAAAAGAAUUCCUAGAGAAAGAAGAAGACGAAAUAGAAGAAGUUCUGGAAGGUGCCUCAGAAGAAGAACAACGAGGAAGAUUUAAAGAAGAAAAACAAAAUGAAAAAGAAUUCCCAGAGAAAGAAGAAGACGAAAUAGAAGAAGUUUUCAAUGAACUCAAUGAAAAAAAAGUUCGAAAAGAAGAAACGGAUAUAUUAUCUGACAAAGGCUUACAGGAAGAAAGCAAAGAAGAGGAAGAAGAAGAAGAAGAAGAAGAAGAAGAAGAAGAAGAAGAAGAAGAAGAAGAUGAUGAUGAUGAUGACGAUGACGAUGAAGAUGAGGACAGUGAUAGCGAAGAUGAUGACGAUGACGAGGACAAUGACAAUGAUGACAAUGAUGAUGAUGAUGAUGAUGAUGAUGAUGAUGACGAUGACGAUGACGAUGAUGAUGAUGAUGAUGAUGAUGAUGAACAGCAAGAAGAGGAGGAUAAGGAGGAACAGAUGAAAAAAAAGAAAGAGAGCAUAAAUCGAUGA